UCUUCCGGCAAUGAACAAGGACGAGCUAUAAGUAUACAUCGCCCGGAAACAUGCAGGAAAGACGCGCUCUAAUCCUUAACAGACAAGAAAAAUGGAGAGUGAAUACAUCCCUGUGUACUCACACAAAAACCUCGGUAACGGACGGGUCCUGCUGGGCUUCAUCUUCUCUGUCCUAGGCUUCCUAUUCUUCUUUGGGUCUUUCGUUAUUCCGCGGUGGAACGACUUUGAGACAGAGGAGUACUUCGGCCGCGGACAGAUUCGGCUUGGGAGAAUUGGUUUAUGGCAAAACUGCAAGUUGUAUGAUGACUAUGAUUGUGAUUGGAAUACAGGCAUUCCCGGGAUAGUUGCGCCGCAGCUCUUCCACAGCCUCGCUUUCGUUUUAUUCUUGGUGUACUGGAUACUCCUGGUUCGAUGGCAGAGACAAGACAAAAUGCCAAUUCGGCUUCUGGAGACGGCUCUGUGCUCAUUUGCUACUGGUUUCUGUCUGAUGUUGAGUUUUCUGACAUGGAUAACGCAGCUUGGAACACUCUUUCAGUACAACCUCUCCAUAGGAUUCCUAUUUUCAAUAUUCUCCUUUGUUUUAAUGGAGCUGACGUUCGUUAUACUUUUUAUAGAGAGUAAGCAGGAAGCCCGGAAGCGGAAGCCACUACUGGGGGAAGACGCGGAGGAAUCUCACUAUGUUGAGGCAAUAGAGUAGAUCCGAUAUGGGAACUCAAAGUCCAUAACUUUAUAUAACGUCGAUUACAUCCAAAAAAUCAAGUUAUGAGUCGGCGGGUACAACACUUAGUUCAGCUUUAACCCUAACCCUAACCCUGGUUUUGUAAUGAUUCAGGGAAAAAAUUGUACCAUCACGAGUUUAAGAGGGUCAAUCGCUGUUGGACACAACCUCAGAAUCAUCGAGUAUACUUCAAUUCAGAAAUUGGCAUCUGAAGAAGACAGACCAUUCGAUUUUCAAGACAAGAUGUACACGAAAAAUGUCAGAGAAGUUGACUGCAGGCUUAACUUGAAGAGCUACACUGUAUAUGCAGAAAUUUAAUUCAGAGGACUAUGAUACCAUGUAUAUGUUUUAAAAUGAUGUGAUACAGCAAAUUAUUUUUGUCAAAGCAAUUGUCAUUUAAAGAAAAUUAUUUGAAUCUUU